CUGCUGGAGGUUGGGGGCGGAGGGGCGGGCGAGUCGGGCGCUUUAUCUUCGUUUGCGGCUGGGCUCGCGGCGUUGCGGGCCCUGGCCCCGGGACAUCUUUUGUAGCCGACCUUCCCGCCGCUGUGCAGUGACGGCUUCCCCGCCCGGCCCUCUUUGCCGAAGUCCCCGCAGCCCGGCUGGGCCCCAGGGGUGCUUUACCACUGAGCUACAUCCCCAGACCUUUUUGUUUUUUAAUUUUGAGACAGAGUCUCAUUAUUUGCUGAAGCUGUGAUCCUCCUUCAACCUCCUAAGUCUCUGGGAUUACAGCAAAUCAAUGGUGGAUAAAGAGAAGAUGUCUGUAAGAAACCGGCUAUCCAAGUCCAAUGAAAACUCUGAGAAAGAUGAAGACCAGAAAAACCCUACAAAGGAGUCCCUAGAGACUCAUAGAAAUGGUCGAAUUGACAUAAAACAGGUGAUAGCUAAGAAGAGACAGUUGGCAGCAGAGGCAGAGGAAUUAAAGCCACUUUUUAUGAAGGAAGUUGGCAGUCACUUUGAUGAUUUUGUGACCAAUCUCAUUGAAAAAUCUGCAUCGUUAGACAAUGGUGGCUGCGCCCUCACAACUUUUUCCAUUCUUGAAGAAAUGAAAAACAACCACAGAGCUAAAGAUUUCAGAGCACCUCCAGAACAAGGAAAAAUUUUUAUUGCAAGGAGAUCACUUCUAGAUGAGCUGUUUGAAGUGGACCACAUCAGAACAAUAUAUCAUAUGUUUAUUGCCCUCCUCAUUCUUUUUAUCCUCAGCACACUUGUGGUAGAUUACAUCGAUGAAGGAAGGCUAGUACUUGAGUUCAAUCUCCUGUCUUAUGCUUUUGGUAAAUUUCCUACUGUUGUUUGGACAUGGUGUAUCAUGUUCCUGUGUACGCUUUCAAUUCCCUAUUUCCUGUUUCAACAUUGGGCCGAUGGCUACAGCAGGAGUUCUUAUCCAGUGAUCUAUUCUCUUGUCCAUGGCUUGAUUUUUAUGGUCUUCCAGCUUGGAAUUCUAGGGUUUGGACCAACAUAUGUUGUAUUAGCAUAUACACUACCACCAGCUUCUCGGUUCAUUGUUAUACUUGAACAGAUUCGUAUGAUAAUGAAGGCUCACUCAUUUGUCAGAGAGAAUGUGCCACGGGUACUGCAUGCAGCUAAGGAGAAGUCAAGCAUGAUUCCAAUACCCACAGUCAACCAGUACUUGUACUUCUUGUUUGCUCCUACCCUUAUCUACCGUGACAGCUAUCCCAGAACUCCCACUGUGAGAUGGGGUUAUGUUGCUAUGCAGUUUGCACAGGUUUUUGGCUGUCUAUUUUAUGUGUACUACAUCUUUGAAAGGCUCUGUGCCCCCUUGUUUCAGAAUAUCAAACAGGAGCCCUUCAGUGCUCGUGUUCUGGUCCUGUGUGUAUUUAACUCCAUCUUGCCAGGUGUGCUGAUACUGUUCCUUGCUUUUUUUGCCUUUCUGCACUGCUGGCUUAAUGCCUUUGCUGAGAUGUUACGCUUUGGUGACAGGAUGUUUUAUAAGGAUUGGUGGAACUCUACAUCAUACUCUAACUAUUAUAGGACCUGGAAUGUAGUGGUCCAUGACUGGCUAUACUACUAUGCCUACAAGGACCUUCUCUGGUUUUUCUCGAAGAGGUUCAAGUCUGCUGCCAUGUUGGCUGUCUUUGCCAUAUCUGCUGUAGUGCAUGAGUAUGCCCUUGCUGUUUGCUUGAGCUAUUUCUAUCCAGUGCUCUUCGUGCUCUUCAUGUUCUUUGGAAUGGCUUUCAACUUCAUUGUUAAUGAUAGUCGGAAAAGGCCAAUUUGGAACAUUAUGGUGUGGGCUUCCCUUUUCUUGGGCAAUGGAGUCAUUUUGUGCUUUUAUUCUCAAGAAUGGUAUGCACGUCAGCACUGUCCUCUGAAAAAUCCAACAUUUCUGGACUAUAUCCGGCCACGUUCCUGGACUUGCCGUUAUGUGUUUUAGAAGCCUGGACUAUUUCUAUCCUCGUCACUGAAGAUAGGAUAUUCUGCCUGAUUUGGGGACAGCUGUAUAAUUUGGACUAUUCCAGGCUUUACAGAUGGCUCACUCCAUUCCUAGCUCUCCUGGUGCUGGAUUGUUGGGAGUUCACUGGAAUCUUGUAUGCUUAAGAGGACUUUUUUCCCCUUUUUGGGAGAAGGGAGACUUAUAGCUGAGGUAAUGACAGAUUUUUGCUGGGUCAUCUCAGCUUAAGCCUUGGUAAUUAUAUCUAUUUUAUUCCUUCACUUCAUCCAAUCAGAGACUAAACAUACUUGUGUGGCCACUGAGUUAGCCAAAACACUUAGGAAGUAUCUCACUUUAAGUAACUCUGGCUUAGAGUUGUUUUCAUACAUGUUGUUGGAAGGUAUUUUAAUUAAACAUGCAAUUGGAAAAGAAAGGAAAAUAAAGAUUUUUUUGGUAUUUCUUGUAGAAAAGAAAAAAAUAUCAAUUUUCCAAAGAUACAUUUGUUAUACGUUCCAUUUUAUAUUUUUUUAAAAGUUCAGAUCUACUCAGUUUUUCUUUCUCUAUACAAUAUUGUGAAGCAAUUAGCUGCCUUUCACCUUGAAUUCUCAAGUUUAUGUCAAUCACAGUAUAUAUUUGAGGGUAUCAGAAGUAGCACAAAAAGAACAUUUCUUUUUUUUUUUCUUUUUUUUUUAAAGAGAGAGAGAAGGAAGGAGGAGAGAAAGAAUUUUAAUAUUUAUUUUUUAGUUUUCGGUGGACACAACAUCUUUGUAUGUGGUACAUGCCAGGCGAACACGCUACCGCUUGAGCCACAUCCCCAGCCCCACAAGAAGAACAUUUCUUUGAUUCCAGAGUAAUUUAAAAAAAAAAAUUUCUGAGUCAAUGAUGUGUUUCAAUUAUUUUAUCUACAAUAGAAUUACAUGAAGGUUUGUUAACUUUAAGGUAAUAACUUCUUUGAAGUUAUUUAGAAGUAUCCUUUGCUGCAAUUAUUUUAUUUUCUAAUAAACAGUGACUUCCCUUAUUUUACAGACUAGCGAGUCAUAUAUAACAUAAUAUUAAUCUCCUCAGUUAGUAGUAAAAUGAUCAUUAAGGAUCCAGAAGCUGGCUUCUGAAGCAGUUGCUCAAUGGUAGCCUAUUUUUAGAUAAAUAUGUGACUGUUAUCCAGGAAAUGUACUCUAUUAUGUGAUAUCUCCAGGAUAUAAGAUACUCAUUCCUAAUACAAUGUGGUGUGUAAAAUAAUGUUUUUCUUUGUAUGUAUGAAAUAUUAUGUUUAUAAAGUUUGCACAUUGGAAGAGAUAUCAGAUACCAUAUAGUUCAACUUUCUACCCCCCAAAAGUGAGACUUACAUAUUAUUCAAAUGAUUAUUGUUAGCUGGAGCAGCCACUUGAGAGAUUAUUGAUAUUCAGAUAGUUUUGGGAUGUCUUUUCGGAUGUCUUUUCACCACUGUUCUACAGUCAUUUGAAUCUCACAAGAAGAUAAGGUGGAGUUUCUUAACCGGCGCACCUAGUUUGGACCACAGGUCUCCAGCUUAAGAUCCCAUUUUGUUUACCAUACCUUUGAAUCAGAUGAGUUGAGGCAGUUUUCAAACAUAAGACCCAGUUUAAAAGACACAAGUUCACCUCAAAACAAGUUAUUAAAAAAUUAUUCUGCAUAUUUCUAAGAAGUAAUGUAAUAGGACCAUAACCCCUAACAAGAGUACUAUACCUUGUAAUUUCUGAUAUAUUUCUUGAAAGUUAAAAUGAGUCAGUUCCUUGAAUCUGUCACUGCAUUUUAAAUAUGAGGGUUGCCAGGCAUGGGGACUCACUUGUAAUUCCAUCAACUUGGAGGCCAAGGCAGGAGGAAAAAAGGUCAGCGCCAGCCUGGGCAACUUACAACCUGGUUUCAAAAUAAAAAGGGCUGGUGGUAAAGCCCCUGGAUUCAAUCCCCAGAAACAAAAACAAACCCCACUACAUGUAAUGGGGGAAGAGACUGGCCUAAGACUUGGUUCUGAAUUUGCCAAUCUUUUGAAGCAAGAGAAUGAAAUUCUUAGUUGUGCAUUUCUGUGAAAUACUGGAGUCCUGCAUUCUUGCAAGAGGACUCUGUUAUAUAGCAAUUUUGAAUACUGUAUUGGACUGAUCAAGUUUUUUUUUUUUUUUUAAAGCUUUCCCAUUUUUUUUUAUUAGUGAUUUGUUUUUCUGCCUGAGAUUUUAAGUAAUAAUUAAUGAUGCAUAUAGGAUUGUAGUGUUUAGAAUGCCAGCUGUACUGAGAAACAUUCAGAAACACAGAAACACAUUAGUACUUAAAGGAAUGGCCACUUUUUUGAAAGAAGAUUCUUAUUGCUGGCUACUUUUAGCAAAAAUCUUUUCUUUAAACCACCAUCUACAUGCUAAACAAAACUAAAACCUCUAGCUAACAUGUUUCAGGAAGAUUCAUUUAUUUUGUUUCCUAUUUUGCUAAUGCAGUAAAGUUACUUUAAGUUAUAAGAUGGUACUUUUUUUUUCUUCUGAAAAGUAAUGAAUUUAGAAUUCUGUAAGAAGUAUUAAUGAUAAUAACCAUGAUUUUUGUGUGGUAAUACAAGAAAACUUUAGUAUGUACAGCAUUUAAUUUUUCAUUAGACCUUUAAGUUGGUCUUUUAGUACCUUUUAUGUGUGGGAUAAAUGUGUUGAUACUUUUAUUCUGAAUCCUGGGUAAUGAAAACAAUUGUUUUUUGUUGUUGGUGGUGGAUUAAUGUACUAAAAUUUCCUCAGUAAAACUGUUUAUCCCA